UUACGACGUCGUCGCAUCUGCCGCGCUAUCGGUACUUCGAAAUUUUGCGGUUUACACAUAAGUGAAUAAGGAAUUGUUAUAGUGAAAGAAAAAUAUUAAUAUUCAAGAUCUGAAUGAUGAGAGAGAAAAAUACAUCAUUAUCCAGGAUAUCCAUUGCUGUAUAUAGGUUUUAAAAAUUUUUCAGACCGACCUGUACGAAGCAGCCAAAUCAAAAGAAAAGUGAUAUCCUAAACACAUUCUUGAAAGAGUUGUAUGUAGAGUCGAAUACUUCAGCUGCACUGUUAACAUAAUUGUUAAAUUAGUCAUCGAAUAAGAUAUGUUCAGUAUAUUUAUGUAAAUUAAUUUGGAACGGCAACGGGCGUAUUGCUGGAGUAUGUCGCAACUUACGCAUUUCAUUCACCUGAACUUCAUUAUCACGGCCUUCAGUGUUACCCCGAUGUCGGUUGGCGAUACGAAAGCAUUUUUCAAUAGAAUACAACCUACAGUACAUUUCAGAGUUUUGUGCAAGUUGAACGGUCGCGUAGAAAAGACCUCUGUGUACCGAUUGCUGCGGUUGUUCACCAGUGUCUUUGUUCGCAAAUUGUUAGUGUAGGUACGUUUAUAUAUUAGUUCAGUGAGUAAAAUGUUUCAACACAAUUUUAUUUGGGGACGAUGCUGGACGCUUUCGGUGAUUAUAUCAGUCUCUGCUUACCCUCGGCCGCUGUCGAACAUCGUUUUCAUAAUGGUUGACGAUAUGGGCUGGAAUGACGUAUCCUUCCAUGGAUCUAACCAGAUCCUGACGCCUAAUAUCGACAACCUGGCGUACCAGGGCGUCAUACUGCAGCAGUACUAUAGUGAGGCAAUAUGCACGCCAGCGCGGACCGCACUCCUCACCGGAAAGUACCCUAUGAGAUUAGGAAUGCAUGGUAAUCCUUUAUUCAACUCAGAAGACCGAGGCAUUCCUUUAACAGAACGUCUGUUACCGUCCUACUUAAAGGAGUUGGGAUACUCAACUCAUUUGGUGGGCAAAUGGCACGUAGGAAUGUCUAAAGAGGAAUAUCUGCCGACGUCCCGGGGGUACGAUACUCAUUACGGCAUGCGAGGAGGCUACAUUGAUUACUACACGUAUAAUAAAGUUGAAACGUGGCCAAAUGGACGUCUGAUGUUCGGAUUGGAUUUAUUUGAUAACGCGAUACCACAAGUAAAUGAAGACCGCUAUAUUGUAGAUGCACUUACUGAUAAAGUUGUUAAAAUAAUCCACCAUCACAACACGUCUCGUCCUCUGUUCUUGCACAUGACGCACAACGCCCCUCAUGCUGGCAAUAGUGGUGGAGCUCUGCAGCCGCCUCUACACUCCACUGUUAAACAUAGACACAUCGCUAACUCUGACAGAAGGCUUUAUGCGGAGAUAGUUACGCAAAUUGACCGCAGUGUAGGACGUAUAAUAACAGCGCUCGCCGAAAAGUUUAUUUUGCAUGAUACUAUCAUUGUUUUUGCAUCAGACAAUGGAUCGCCAACAGUUGGCAGCCUCAGAAAUUGGGGCGUAAACUUACCUUUUAGAGGAACAAAGUGGACUCCUUGGGAAGGUGGAGUCCGUGUACCAGCGUUCGUUUGGCAUUCAUCCUUCACGCCAAGAGUGUGGAAUGGUUUAAUGCACAUCACUGACUGGCUACCCACUUUAACUGCCGCUGCUGGUGGCAAAUUGAACAAAGAAAUAGAUGGUGUAAACCAAUGGGACGCUAUCGUAAAUGAUGGUGAUUCAAAACGUAACGAAGUAUUAGUGGCUGUUGAAGACAAUGCCUCCAAUAUGUACGCAGCGUAUAGAGCGGGAGACUAUAAAGUUAUUGUGGGUAACGUAACAGGAUUAAACAAUAAUCACUACGGAGCCGAAUUGUUAAUUAAUAAGGCGCAGCCGCCAGCAUAUUAUCCUUCAUUAAGAUCGUGUGAAGUAGCGAAAAUUUUCGAUUUAAUGGGUAUAUAUCUAGAUCAACAGCACGUAGAAGCGACAAGGAAAGCUGCCACGAUAAAGCAGUUGGAUCAAGUAAAAGAUCAAAAUCUUUGCAUACCAACACCUACGCGUGGUUGCCUUUUCAAUGUUCGUCAGGACCCUUCGGAAAGUCACGAUUUAUGGAACCGUGCUAAUAAAAUUGUUGUUCUGCUCACAAGCAGACUUAGAGCCUUGUGGGCCAUGCAGACAAGGAGAAGUCCCCCGAACUUAAGAAACGAAUCCGACCCUGCGAACUUCGACUACGUGUGGACGCCUUGGAUUAAAUCUAAGAACGCCGACGAUGUGACGGUUUGGCCUUUAGGAGGAGUGAAUGAAGAAUUUAAUUUUUCAUUAAAUAUAAGCCAGAAUAAAACGAUGAAGAAAGACACCACGAAAGCGGUUGUCAUCAACUGCGAUGGUACGACGGGCAUAAAGAACUUUUUAUGCUUAUUAAAGAGCGUUUUUUGAUUAAGUAAGUAUUGUUUUUGUUAAUGAAGUAUUUACAGAUAAGUUGAAUUAUCUGCAAAAAGUACAAUGAUUUGUAUGUAAUAGGUACUUUUUAACAAUAUUUUUUAAGAUACAGUUGUUUUAUUAGAUUUUUUUAUCGACACCACCGAACAAAAUAUAUCAAUUCGAACUACAUAAUAUCCACUUAUUAUUAAAAAAAGAAUAUUGGAAGAACCAUUUACAGUUUAUAAUACCAUCCAUGUACUUAUUGCGAACAUCAAUUAUUAUUAAAAGAAGAUAUAACGAAGGAAAAAAAAUAUUUUUCAGAUACAUCUUUCCAAAUAUUGUAAUUUAUGUUGUUGACACUAUACUUAUUGUUUAAAAAUAAUUUGGAUAUUAAAUGUAAAUACCUACUUACCUAUUUUAAUUCUUUAUUCUUGUAUAAAGAAGGUAUUUACAUAACGUACUUGUUCAAUUACAAAACGAAUUCUACUCCAUUCUGCAUCAUACCUAUACGCAAAAAUCCGGCAACCCAAGAUUGAAGUCAGAUUUUAGUCAGACGUUUAUAAUUAUUAAUCUUUUACAAUAGUAGAUUUUAAUUAAAGAUCGAUUUAAUAAAGGCACCCUUGUUGUUCUGAGUACCUAUUGGUAGUUAUGUUAAGGUUUUAGAUAAAUUAUUGUUUUUCUUUUAAUAUUGACAUUGUCCACGACAAGUGUAGAUAAAAGAUCAAAGACCUAAGACAUGUAUUUCAUGAAGCGAUAUUAAUAUUGUUAAAUGUUGUUAAUUUUUAGUAUCAACUUUUUUUGUAUUUUGUGAUAUUUGUAAUAAGAUUUGGUUUUUAAAAUCAAUACCUUGUUUAAUUUACCUGUCUUAACUCUUAUUUACUCAGAGCUUGUCAUUGAAGCCAUAAAUUGUCAAUAAAACAGUAAAAAAGUCAUCAAAAUAUUUUAUUCCCAAUAAGAGUUGUCUCUAAUUAUAAUUCACUUUGUAACGAUGCAUGAACUAUGAUGAAGUCAAGCAAGAUUUUUUACAAUGUUUUUAUAUGUUUUGUGUAU